UGGUAUGUUUCCAGUGUUUCGAAAUGAAUUAGAAAAGUAGGAGCAGGAGGGACGGUUUUGUCGCAAAAGCUGGAAUAAAGUUGGAACUAAAUCAUUAUGGCUCAUCAGGAGAGCGCUCAGUUUGGAAAAGGAGAUUUUGUUCUCCUGGAUGAAAUCUCAGAAGAUGCUUUCAUGGCGAAUUUGAAAAUGCGAUUCCAAAAGGGGCGCAUCUACACCUACAUCGGGGAAGUAGUGGUAUCCAUCAACCCAUACAGAAUGGUCAACAUUUAUGGAGAUGAACAGGUCAACGACUACAGAGGGCGUGAGAUCUACGAACGCCCCCCUCAUAUAUUCGCCAUCGCGGAUGCGGCAUACAAAGAGAUGAAGAGGAGAGCAAGAGACACGUGUAUCGUAAUAUCAGGUGAGAGUGGAUCAGGCAAGACAGAAGCCUCUAAGAUCAUCAUGAGAUACAUCGCUGCAGUCACCAAUGCUAGUCAACAGCAAGAAGUAGAGAGAGUGAAGAAUAUCUUGAUCCAGUCCAACGCACUCCUCGAAGCCUUUGGGAAUGCCAAGACCAACAGAAAUGAUAACUCGAGUCGCUUUGGCAAGUACAUGGAUAUCAACUUUGACUUCAAAGGAGAUCCCAUUGGAGGACACAUCAACAACUAUCUUCUAGAAAAGUCAAGAGUUAUACACCAGCAGAAAGGAGAGAGGAAUUUCCAUUCUUUCUAUCAGCUCUUAGUAGGAUGCACAGAACAGAUUCUCAAGGAAUUCAAGUUAAAGAGAGAUCCCAAAGCCUUCUUCUAUAUCAACCAAGGAAAUGGCGCUACAAGAGAGCUACCUGAGGCAAAAGGUUCACAAGUAGGACAUGACAGGAGAGACUACAAGGCAGCGCAAGAAGCAAUGAGGGAUCUAGGUUUCACUCCUGAGGAACAGAAGACUGUUUGGACCAUGGUAGCUGCCAUCAUGCAUCUGGGUGAGGUCGACUUUGAGGAUAGUUCCGACAAGGAGGAAGGGUCAAAGGUCAGGAACAAGGACGCCAUCAAGACUCUUGCAUCUCUUCUCAAGGUCAGCAAGGAUGAGCUAGUUCAGGCGCUAUGCUUCAGGGUCGUUGCCGCGGGGUCAACCGAGGUCGUUCAUAAAGGUCACACCAAGGAACAGGCGUACCAUGGAAGGGAUGCCUUUGCCAAGGCCAUGUAUGAACGUCUCUUCACUUGGAUCGUCGGCAAGAUAAACAGCGCUAUUGAAGUCAAGGGUACAGUGAAGGAUCAUGGGAAGGAAACUGUCAUCGGUGUGCUGGAUAUCUACGGCUUUGAAAUAUUUGAUGAUAACAGCUUUGAACAAUUCUGUAUCAACUACUGCAACGAGAAGCUUCAGCAGCUCUUCAUUGAGCUAGUCCUGAAGCAAGAGCAGGAGGAGUACCAGCGGGAAGGCAUCGAGUGGACCAACAUAGACUACUUCAAUAACUGCAUCAUCUGUGACCUGGUAGAGGAGAACCAUAAAGGGGUCAUCGCCAUCCUCGACGAGGCCUGCCUCAACGUGGGAAAGAUCACUGAUGGGAUUUUCUUGGAUGCAAUGAACAAGAAACUGUCCUCCCAUCCUCACUACACAAGUAGAGCUUUGCAACCAUCUGAGAAGAGUCUAGAACAUGGCAAGAACUUCAUCAUCAGGCAUUACGCUGGUGAUGUCACAUAUGAUGUGACUGGCUUCAUGGACAAGAACAAGGAUACUCUCUUCCAAGACUUCAAACGUCUUCUUUUCUCCAGUGAGAACCCGACUAUCUCGUCCAUGUGGCCUGAAGGUCAGCAGAAGGUCACAGCGGUAACCAAACGGCCUCCUACUGCUGGCACAGUCUUCAAGAAUUCCAUGAUAGAACUAGUUAAGAACCUGGCAUCAAAGGAGCCUUUCUACGUCCGAUGCAUCAAACCAAAUGAGGAGAAAUCACCGCUCCUUUUUGAUGACUUGAGAUGCUUACAUCAAGUAAGGUAUCUGGGACUACUAGAGAACGUCCGGGUGAGGAGGGCAGGCUUUGCAUCAAGGCAACACUACCAACGAUUUCUACUCAGGUACAAGAUGUUGUCAGGCUACACCUGGCCCAACUUCCGAGGGGGAGACGACAAGCUGGGGGUCCAGACUCUGGUCCAGGAACUCCAGCUAGAGCACGAUGUCAAGUACGGCAAGACCAAGAUCUUUAUCAGAACCCCCAGGACCAUAGUCCAGCUGGAGGAGGCUAGGACCAGGUUACUUCCGGCGCUAGCAACAUUCCUACAAAAGCUCUGGAGAGGGACACUAGCAAGAUGGCGGGUGAAGAAAAUCAGAGCAAUCUAUGUGAUCAUGAAUGCGUACAAGCGCUACGUCCCACGGUCCUACCUGAACAAGGUCAAGGCAACGUUCGGCAGGGUCAAGCAAAGGAAGGAUUAUGGGAAGAGUCUGGAAUGGCCCAAGCCCCAUAGGUGGAUGGUGCCUCUCUCAAAACUACUGCAGAGGAGUCAUAGGAGAUGGAUUGCUGCUCAGAUCCUUAGGAACAUCCCCAGUGAGGAAUGGCCAGAGGUCAGACUAAAGUCAGCCGCUCAGUCAGCCCUGUCAGGUCGAAGGUCAAACUGGGGUCAUCAAAGAAGAUGGAGAGGAGAUUAUCUGUCGUCUAUGGAUGAAAACUUCCAGUCUUCAGUGUAUGUAGCGAUGAUAGGACAACUCAAGACCAAGGAUAGGUUCAGCAACGUUCUCUUCUCAUCAAAGAUCCUUAAGGUCAACAAGCAUAAUAAGUUUGCUGAGAGGACACUAGUGGUCACUGAUCGGUUCAUCUACAAACUGGAUCCCAAGAAGAACUUCAAACUCAUGAGACCGGGGACGCCUGUUUCAGAGGUGACAGGAGUCAGCGUGACCCCAGGCAGAGAUCAACUGAUCAUAAUACAUCUAUCAGGUGACAAUGACAUCGUAGUGUGCCUUACUAAUGAUGUCAGAGAGAACCGGGUGCCAGAGCUUGUUGGGAUCCUAGAAGACACUUGGGUGGACAAGCGUAAACGUGAAAUCCGGACCAUCGUCAGCAACAACCUGCAGUGUCAGCUGGGCAAGAAGCAACGCAAGAUACGUGUCCAGCCGACGGGUGUUGAUGAACCAGUCUUUCAGAGGGAUCAGCAUGACUUUAUACUACAGUGGCCCAGCAUUGAGAGCUAAGGAGACUGGUAACCUACGCCUUUAGUCUGAAAUCCUUGUUAACUCUUAAUCUCUAUAGGUUUAAUAUAUUCAUGAAACUUUGAUAAUGGUCUGUUGAUGCAUGAAGUACCAAGUGUCAAUCUCUUUAUUCUUGAAAAAAUCAAAUUCUGUAAAUUGAUGAAUGAACAAAAUAUAAUUCUGUUACACAGUAAAUGAUCAAAUGAAUCCUUUAUGAAAUGAAGAUAAAAAUUGAUUUAGUAAUGACUUUAUUUGUGUCAUUUACCGAUUUACAGGAGGAGGGGAUGUAGGGCUUUAAUUUAAAGCCUAUCUGUACUAGUUUGGCCAGGAGGGAUUAGACCUCCCUGGAUGGUCACUGGCAGGUGGUUAUCUCAUCAAAUCAGCUCUCCAUUAACAUAAGAAAGAGGAGACCAUGGGGAUCAAUGGUCACCAAUAAGGCAUUGCUUGCUAUAUAGAGGGCACAAGUAGCUAUAAGUAGUGCAGUGGGGCUUUAAUAGUCUGUUGAUGUAUGAAGUACCAAGUGUCAAUCUCUUUAUUCUGGACAAAAAUUAAUGUAAUUCUGUAAUUUGAUGAAUGAACAAAAUAAUUAUGUUUAAUACACAAUCAAUGAACAAAAUGAAUCCUUUAUGAAAUGAAGAUAAAAAUUGAUUUGGUAAUGACUUUUUGUGUGUUAUUUACCGAUUUACUGGAGGAUGAGAAGUAGCGCUCCAUAAAAUAUGUUGCCUUAUUUUUCCACUUGGUGGGAUUUAAAACAACCUGGACUAUAGUUCUUACUCCUUUUUUAAUACCCAUGUAUGGAUUAAAACAAUGGACUGCCAUAUUAGUUGGAAUAUGCAUGUACACAUGUAGUUCCAUUUCGUUUGUACAUGUACUUGUGAAAAAUGUUGAUUGUGGCAGUCCACUGUUUGGUCCAUUUGUCGACCAUAGCAAGUGAUGGGUUAAGGCAUGUAUAUUUUCUUUUUUAGUUUGUAUAUUCUUCAUUCAUAUGAAUGAAACCAUGUUAAUCCUUUCCUAAUGCCUUAACAACUGAAUGAUGUGACCAUACAUUGUAUAUAUAUAUACAAAAUAAUUCCUUGUCUAUAUUUAGACGUGGGAACAACUCUUUCAAGUCUCAAAGACUUGAAAUUAUUUAUGAAUAAUAUGUACUUAACCAGACAUUCCAAAAUCUGUGUGUAAGAAAGGUCAUGUAACACAUGUACAAGGUUGAAUAUUUUGAUUAAUUUAAUUUGAUAAAAACUGUAAAAUGUUGAUGGAAUAAUAUUGCCUUCUAUCCAAGGACUAGUGUGAUGAAAUUGAGUCAGUAAUGUCUGAAUUGUUGACAUACAUACUUGUAAAAUGACAAACUUGUUAUCAACUGCCUUAAAAUUGUUCAUAUACAUGUAGCUUAUGAAGUCAGUGCAAUCUGUAUACGAACUUGUAUAUCUUCUACAGUAAUGAACAGUAAUGUUCCUCAAAUCAAAGUAUGGUUCUGUAGUACGAAUACAUGUAAAUCACCUUGCACUACUAGUAUUUUUAUUUGAAUGACUGAUUUAUGUGGAGUCAUAUACUAUAGAGAUAGAGCAUGAGUGGGUCCUUUUUAGGUGCAACUAACCCUGUCGAAAGAAUAAGUGGUGCAACCGCAAACCUUGCUCAAUUGUAUUUCCCUAUAGCAUUUUGAUCAUUGCACAAUUUCAUAAGUUGGGCCAAUAGGCUACCUACACGUGGUCCUCAUUUUUGUGAUGUUACAUGUCAUAUUUAGAAUAUGAAGGUAUUUGAAGAGCCAUGCUUUUCAGAGAACAUUUUUUUCCUGAUGAUCUUCCUGGCUUGCAUAAUAACAAUGAUAACGCUCACAAAUUAUUUUCACCUCAUCCCAGAACUCAACCUUCUCUUUAAGCUUCAAUCUUUCUUAAUUUGUUUUACAUUUGUUCAUAAUGAUAUACAGGAUUAUUUUCUGGUCAAAUGAGUUGUGAUAAACUAGAGAAUAUUAUUCUCUCUGCUUCAAUGUGUGCUAAAAUUGAAUAUCAGGAUCGAUUAAAGAUCUGUUCAAAUUGUAUGAAUUGUACUUACUAACUAAUAUAUUGAAUUAUACGUAAACAGCUGUCAUAAGUAAGAUUAAAAUAUUUUAAAGUUUGUUAAGUUUCCGACUUUACAAACCUUAAAUGUGAGAUGAUAUUUCUGCAUACAUAUGAUUUAUAUGUAAACAUGGAUUUGUUGUUUAAUUCAUGAAUAUUCAUGCUAAUUAUUUGCCUCGUCCUCCUUUUCUAUUUGUUUCGAUCUCAUUAUGAAUUGGACCAUUAUAUGAGUUGUUUGCAUUAUUCCAUUUAGCUUUUUUAAUUUUCCUUCAUGUAUUGAAUAUAAGUAGAAUUUGUUAGAUACUCACAGUGCUGUACAUUUAGAAGGUUAUAUAAUUCAACUGUUCUGAGUCAAAAGAGGAUUAUUUCAUACUUUUACAUAGAGUUUAUACCUUUUUUCUCUCAACUGACAAUGUGUUUCAAACUCAGUUUGUAGAUGUGUUUCUUCAUAUCUUUUGCAAGUGAUGAUUAUAUUGUUUGGAGCUCUGUCUUAUAAAACGUUGCGAUUGAUUAGGAUCGUAAGUUCCUCCAUUCGAUCAGAAACUCACAACUCCUAUAAUAGCCUUGGUAGAGCCUCUGAAGUUGCCAUUGAUCUAUGUGGUAGAUACCGUUCUUUUUACCAUACAGCUUAUGUUGAUGUUCAUGAGACCGUCAAUGUUGGUCCUAGCAAUGUAUUUAAGUGCAUGAUUUUGUCUUGCCAUUGGACGCAAAAACCCUUUUUCAUUUGUUUCUAUUCAAUUACUUGAAUAUUUAUUUGUAAGCUCUCUGAUACAAAGUAUCAUGUAGAUGUUAAUGUGUCAAAAGUCAUGAAUGUGUUAAAUAUGUCAUGCUUGGUAGUACUAUAAAGUGCAAAUAGUUUUGUGUAGUUUAUAAAAACUUGAAAUAUAAAUGUAUCUAACGUAAAGAACAACGUCAUGAUAUCAAAAAAGAGGGAUUUAUUUUUGAAAUAAUGAUCAAAGAGAAGAAAAUUUUAAAAUCUUUGAAUUGAACUAAUCAAAGUUAGUUUACAAAUAUACUUUAUCGCUGGACAAUUAUGCAAGGAACUCGCAUGAUCAUUAGGGUAAUAUGAAAUUUUGUAUUGUAGAUUUUAGAUGAAUACCGGUAUAUUGGAUUGAUAUAAUAGGCUAUUUUGAUAUAGAUGUACACAUAUACAAAUAUGCUUUAUUGGAAAGUUGAUAUAUAAUUACGCAUUUGAUUAGUUAUACAGUACUCAUUUAUAUACUGAUUCUUUUUGAUCAGUUUAAAAAAUUAACAAGAUUCAUGUAUGCCUGUUGAUUUUAUAAAGAAUAAAAUGAAAACUAAAACUAGA